AUGGACAAUAGAAACACCCAGAUGUACACAGAGGGUAGAAUCAAGGUUCCAGGGACCCAGCCAAGCCCUGGCCUGAGGAUCACCAUAAAGCGGGCUGGUGUUGAGCCCACCAUACCAGGAGUCAGCCAGGUCAUGUUUCCAGAUGCUUCGGAAGUGGGCAGCGGGAAGCAGCUCUCAUCAGCUUCAGGAGGGCCAGAGAAGGGGCCCAGAUACAGAGACACAUUCAAGGAGGGGCCUUCAGAGCUCAGGACACAGGAGCAGAGGCCUCCAGCAAAACCAGGGAAGAAGCAGUCCUCUUGGGUCCCCCAGGAAGGGUCCCAGGAGCUGCAAGCAGGCCAGGAUCAGAGUGAGCUAGGGUUGCUGCCUUCCUGGGUUCCUGAAGGACCUGAAGGGCUACAGCAGCUGGGCUCCGGAAAGGAGAUCGAGGGCCAGCAGAGGAGGCAACGGAACCGGGGAACCGGGGAGGAUGAGCCUCCUGAGAGCUGCCAGGGUCCCGGGUAUCAAUCCACCCUCGGUCACCAGGCAGACAUGGUGCAGCCAGCAGAGCUUUGCUGCCCCUUGGCCGGCCGUGGCCAGCCACUGGGAGACAAGCGCCCCAGGGAGGCAGAUGUCCCACACAUCAGGCCACAGGAGGCUCCGCCAGAGCCCAGCCCAGGGGGACAUGGGGACAGCUCUCAGGAAGCAAUGCCCCCAACGUCCACGGUGGCUGCAGAGGAAAAGACAGCUAGCUCCUUCCUGCCAUCCACGCCUGGACCUACAAAAACAAAAGGAGGGGGUGAGGCUGUGGAGACCCAGCCAGCACCGGGGCCUCUUCCUCCACCAGAGGUGAGGGACAUUGGAGAGAGGCGGGAGCCGGACCGUGUGCAGCAGCAGCCUCAGAAGCCCGUGGUGGCUGCAGGGACACAGAACCUCAGGAAAUUCCGGCAGGGCUUCAUGAAGUGCUUGCUGGAGGUGGAGAAAGUGGAAGCCUCCCAUCGGAGAGCCUUGAAGGCCCGGUCCCUGACAGCCCAGAAGUCCCCCAGGACCCUGACCCCAGUGCCCACCUCAUCCCCAAGCCUGCCUCAGACCCCUGCCUCGGCCCCUGCCAGUGGCCCAUCAUGGGCCAGGCUGUCAGCUCCUGGGCCAGAGCCUGCCCCCGUGGGAGCCCCGGUCCCCACCUCCACGCCUUGCCCUGUCCUGCUGUGCCCUGCCCUGGACCUGGGCUGGAGAAGGAUGGAGCUCUCGCACCACAGCAGCGAGAGAACCCUGAGCUACGCCAAGGCACGGCAGGAGCCAGAAGAGCAGAGCCUCCAAAAGCUGUAUCAAAACCGGGAAAAGUCCGAGGAGCAACUGACCCUGAAGCAAGAGGAAGCCUUCCGAAGCUACUUUGAGAUCUUCAAUGGCCCUGGUGAGGUCGAUGCACACAGCCUGAAGAACAUCCUGCUCCUAAUGGGCUUCUCUGUGACGCCGGCCCAGGUGGAGGACGCCCUGAUGAGUGCUGAUGUCAAUGGAGAUGGUCAUGUGGAUUUCAAAGACUUCUUGGCUGUGAUGACAGACACCAGGCGCUUCUUCUGCUCUGUGGAACAGAACGCCCUGACGGACAUGGCUCCCCACAACCCCCACACUCUACUCUUUGAGAUCCUGUCCCUGCUGGUAGAGAUGCUGGCCUUACCAGAGGCAGUCUUAGAAGAAAUCACAAACUACUACCAGAAAAAGCUGAAGGCAGGCACCUGCAAGGCCCAGGAGAUGGAAGCGGCCAUAGGCCGGCUGCGGUUGCAGAAGAAGCUUCCCUAUAACCCCCAGCAAGAAGAGAGCUCAGAAGUCCCAGAACGAAAGGUCCUCAGUAUCCUCAGCCGGCUGAAGCAGCAGAACUAUGCUCCCAACCUGCAGAGCCCCUAUGCCCAGGUGCCCUGCAUCCCGCUCUGCCCACGGAUGGACAAGAAGAUGGUCCGCAGGAAGCCAACCAACCACUACGUGCAAGACCAGUGCACAACCCCUGGCCUGGAUCCUGACAUCCGUAGCCCCUUCUUCCAGUCACGAUCUCAAGGAAACAGGGAACACAACUCUGACAGCAGAAAGUGGCCCAGCUCUGUGCCUUCUCGAACCCACUGACCCUCUGGAGGCCUGACUCUGGACAGUUGCUCAAGGCCUGCAGACAGAUGGGCCACCAGACAGGAGCUGCUGCUGAAAUUUGCUUUUGUGGCCUGGUAAGCUAAUAAACACCAAUAACUUCAGCCCCUGUGCCUCUUGCCAAGGAAGGUCCUCAAGCUGUCACCCCAGCCACCCCUGGGCUCUCAGAGUGUAGGGUUCCACCUCGAAGCCCUGCCCAGGGUUGGGGUUUCUGCUACAGGUGUCCCUGCAUGCAAAGUCUUGACCUUCUGUGCCUUCUCAAAGCACCGGGCUAGGCCCCUCCUCAGAAGAGCGCUUCCCCCUCUGGACUGGGAGCCCCACAAAAGCAGCCGUUCUCUCUCUCCACUGGCUCCAAGAUAAGCCCUGUGUAAGAGCAGGAGGUGGCCUCUGCCAUGGUCUCCCGACAGUGCCCCAGGACCCAGAGCUCUACUUCUCUGGGAGCCCUAAGGGGUGGGUCCUUUCCCCUCACCCCACAUACCACCCAGCCUAGUAUUUUACCAAAGACAGUCUUUCCCUGCAACUGGGCAGAGGGAAACCCCCCAGGGUUAAAUAAGCGGCCACAGCAAGAGGUAGAGGGCGGGGACUGAAAUGAGGACAAAGAUCUGACAAGUUUAAAACAUGUAUUUAAAAUACAAUUUAUAAAAUGCUUAAUCUGCCAACGGGGUGGGAGUGGGCAGCUGCCCGCUACACCAGCAGAGUAAGACUGCAGGGGUGCGGCCCUCCCUCCCAUACCCUUCUGUUCAGACACCCAAGGGGCCCAUGUGCACCCCUGGGAUCACACAACCAGAAAACAGGACCCCAGAGGUUUCUUGAGUCUCUGCUUACCAGGGAGGCUGGGUGCAGCCCUGCCAGCCCAUCCCUGAGCAGGGCACCCCCAAGAUGGGGCAGAGCAGGGUAUGGCUGGGCUGGCAGGGCAGGGCUGGGCGGGGCAGAUGGGCUCUGGAAGGGGCUGAUGGUAGCAGAUAGGGUGUUGCCUCCUGCCUGCAGGUGGGGAGCACCCUGAUUGAGUGGGCUGAGAAAGGGUGGUCACCAGGCCUGGACCCCCCAGCUCCUUUGGUUAUAGGCUGACAUCAGAGUAGUGGCUCAUGGGAAGCGGUUAGCUGGAAGGUCUGAGGCCUGGCCCAUGGGGUCAGGGAGAAGCUGGGGGAAGGGGACAGUACUGUGAAGGCAGAUAAAGGGGCAGCAGCCUCAAGUUUCUGCCCCCCAUCCCCCUGGGGUUUUCCAAGCCAAAGCCUGCAACUUACUUUAAAAAAGAAAAGGAAAAAAAGCACUUAGGAAAGUUACAGACAACUACCCCCAAAAAAAUACCCUCCCACACACAAAAUCCAAACCGUUUCCUCAUCUCCCCUCCCGCCUCCCUCUAACACAAUACAGUUUCCUGUUUUCUUUCUUUUUAAAAACGUUGCCUGCUACCUCUCCAUUUGGGAAGCCCAGGGCAUGACUGCUGGUGGGUGGUGACAGGCACACAGCGGGCAAAGCCCAUCUUUGGCCAGAGGGAGGUGGGAGGACCAGUCCCUGCCACAUCCUCAAUCCAGACACCCACCAACCAGCCUUUACUUUGGCCCCUACUAGAGGGUAGUGGGGCAAGAACAGGUGGUCCCAAUGGCUGGGCAACCAGCACUUCUGGCCUUCCCACCUGGACUACCUCUAUACCCUUCUCCAAUUAAAAGGAAAGUCUCACUUUGGGUGGGAAACCACUAUUACAUGAGGGAUGGACACUAUACAUUUAGAAUGUGGACACUUGGUUAGGGCAGUGGAACUAUAAAGAUAGCAGCCAAUUUUCUUCCUUGCCUUCUCCUGAAGGUAAUCCUCCCUCUCACUGACUGAAGCUCUGCUUCCAGCUCUGCUCGUGGGCAAUGCCUGGCUUUACGGUUAUAAGGCUGUGCUGUGGACUAGCUGCUGACUUGGCUGGCAGCUGGCGCUUCCUCCAGAGGGGAGGACGUGGUGGGGCAUGGCUUGCUGGGCCUGGCCCACCAUUCCCACAGGGAACCAGCGGUGGAGUGAGCCUGUGAGACUCAGCUUGCCACCUUGGCCACCACGUGCUGCCCUCAUCGCAAAACCAUACCAACCACCCCGAAACGUAUCUGCUGGUCAGGAGCAAGGAGGCCGUCUGGCUGGCUGAGGGAUAAGGCGCAGUGCAAUGGAAGGGAUCAGGAAGCCUGAGAGGAACCAGGUACACACAGAGCCGCUCUGGGCAGCUGCCCUCUUAGUCUCUUCCACCUCAAGGAGCCAAAGCAAACCCCAGGCUCCAGGGACAGAGGAUAAACUGCCUUCAUUCCAGGCCCUCGCUCUGGAAAAAGGGGUGAUGGGAGCCUAGGCCUCUGAGGAACCAGUCUGUCAUCAAUCUUUGCAAAGCAAAGCUGUUCUUUUUCCAACUUUAUUCAGAAUGUUCUGCCUUCAAGGUACUGAUUGCACACAGGAAAUGUACCAGGUAUAGUUACUGAGCUGGGGCCAUCAAUGGAGAUGGAGCACUGCAGACCCCUAAGAGUUCAAGCCAUGCUGGAGUGGGAAGACCUAUCCACCUUCUGAAUAUACGAAGCAGAAGGCUCAGAGUCCUGGAGGCAGACUCUCUCCUGGUUUUCCUUGUGCCGAUGGCAAAAUACUAAACAAGUCUCCUCUCCUUCACUUCCAAGCCCAGGGAUGCAGUCUCACUCCCUGGUGCUCUGCUCUCUUCUAGUAGUAAGCCUGGCUGGUAGGGAACCACCCUGAGGGGUAUGGGAAGGGGAAGUCUGUUCACUUUCCCUAUCUCCCAAAAUACUAGAGGUGGGGUUGGCACCCUCCCCAGGCUCUCCGAGCCUACAGAGCUAGCCCAGUCUCCAGGCAAGGCCCAGAUGCCCUGGGACUCAGCUCGGGGAGGGAGGUAUAGGCAUGGGGUGCUCAUCUGUCCUGGCGGCUGCAGAGCCCUGCCCCUUUUCUGGGCGGCAGUAGGAAUACAGAAGCUAAGCUCACCAAAAUCCUAUUGGUUAAUGUUUCUAGUGAAUUUCCCAGAAACAUUUUUAAGUAGACUACCAAACUACCCUUUCUUAAUUAAAAAUUCGUUAAACCACUAAAACCCCUCCCAUGCACUUUUUCUUGCAAAUCAGAUAUUUGUAUAAACAA